CAAGAACGUCACUUUGACAAACUCCGUCAAACUCAAACUCGUCAACAAACAGAUCGAUUCUAAUGAGAUGAGACACAUUUUAAUUUGUUUUUGUAUAAUUGGUUUAUUUGGAUUUAUCGACUGAUAAAUCAUCUCAUCAAUAAUUGAUGGCUUGGUUACAGAAUCUGACUGGUCAAGCAGAAAAAUUUUUGAAUAAAAUCGAUCAGAAAGCUGCAAAUGUCUUGAGCGACACCAAUUCCAAAACCGUACCCCCUUCUCAGCAUAUACUAGAACACUCGAUUUCAAUCCCUGACACAUUUGGAAAUUCCGAAAAUGACCUUUUUAUUGACAACAAAAGUUUUGAACAAUCAAUUUUAACAUUGGAAUCAGCAGAAGCACCAAACGAAGAUGUAGUUGACCAUAUAGAAGAAUCUGAAGAAAAUUCAAUAGAGGGAACCUAUUUUACGGAAUCUGAACUGCCUACAGAUAAUAUCAAGAAAACUUCAUCUGUAUCUUCCAAGUGUGAAUCAGUGCUACAAAGCUUCAGUUCCGCAGAAGACAUUCAGAGAUAUUUGGAAAGAAUAUCCAAACUUGAGUUCGAGAAUGAUGAUUUGAGUAAACAAUUACUGAAUAUACAACACUUAUACUCUGAAAUAAGAAAUGAAAAUUCAAUAUUGAAAAGUAGUUUAGAAAGAGCCAAUGAGGCUGUCAACUCUGCAGAGACAGAAAUGGAACAAUAUAAAGCUCGGGCACAUAGAAUACUCCAAGAGAAAGAAAAAAUAAUUUGUUUGAAACCUGAUGACAUUAAUUCACACAAUGUGGAGGAAAAUAUUUAUAUGGGUUUCAAUGAAGAAUUGAAGAAUGAGUUGAAGUUCCAAAAAGAUAAAAAUGAUGAAAUGAAAGAUAAAAUUGGCAGCUUAGCAUCAGAAUUGAACUCGCUUCAGCAGCAGUAUGUGGUGAUGCAAAAUAUGCUUCAUCAAACAAAUCAAAAACUGGAAACUGAACUUUACAAUGAAAGGAGAAUGUUGAAAUCUAUUGAUGAUGAAUUGAAAAUGAAAUCACAAGAAUUGAAUAAGAUUAAACAGGAUAUGGAAACAAAAGAUCAUGAUUUAACUUUUAAAAAUGAAGAAAUAGAAAAAUUGAGAUCACUUUUAAAGCAGUGUUCUUCUGUAGUCAACGAUGAGGAACUUGAGAAUAGAAUAAAGAAUCUUACCCAGACAUUGAUGAUAAAGCAGAAUAAGAUAGAAGCUAUAACAUCUGAAAGAAAUGCAUUGAGAAUUCAAUUGGAAAAACUGGAGAACGAAUAUCACAAAAAUUUAGCUCUUGUCAGAAGUAGUCAACAAAAAGUGGUCAGUGUUAAUGAUACUGAUGAUGUUAAGCUGCAAGUACCUACAACGGUGAGGGUUUCACCCUUUGAUGCUGGUGUUACAAGAAGGGUAAAACAUGCAUAUUCUUCAUUAGAUGCUCUCAGUAUCAGAAUGGGAGUUUUUCUGAGGAGGUAUCCAGGAAUCAGAGUGUCUGUAUUCUGUUAUAUGAUUUUCCUACAUUUAUGGGUCCUUGUGAUUCUUUUCAGUUAUGCUCCUUCUACAAAAGGAGAUUGUUUAUAAAAAAUUAAUAGUUUACUUAUUGAAUAUUUAAGGUCAAUUGGAAAUAUUAUUUUUAAAUAAAAUGUUGAAAAAAUGUGGUGUUGUUCUUA